UUUCCUGUUGGGCAAGUGGGUAUGUCGUUCGACCGAAUACCCCCAUGGAACUAUAAAUUAGCUCGUACAUGCGUCGGUCAAUCGAGUAUCCUUGCAUGUAGCUGCAUUGGUCGGACCUCCGUACAGUUGGUGGCAGCAAUAGCAACGCUGUUGUAAGCCUACUGAAGAAGAAGAACUUCUGUGUGUUACAGAACCGGUAUUUGACGGAACGUAAGGUCGGGGUUUCACUGAGGAUUGGGGUAGACAAUAAAGAGGAGGGUGAAAUUCGGGCAGAAAUGCUCGGAAGACACCAAGAAAUAAUUCCCAAACGCUAAGAGGAGGAUCACGACGGUUUGAAGCAAGUUGCGACUUCAGCUUACGUUAUUUGGGCCGGCUAGAAAUGCGGCCUUUUAUGGUCUGUUUUAAAUAGUGUUCUCGUUAAUUGGUUUGCCGUGUCAUUGAAGGUCCCGGUCUUAUUUUGCUGGAAACUGCACUCGAUUUUGCCUCGUACAUGCGAGCACGGUCACAUCAGAGGAGAAGACGAUUGUACUGGUUAAACUGUUGUUUUAGCGCUGGGUAUCGGGUCAUUGGUUUACUUGGCUAUUUCGGUUGUCACGGUUUGCUACGCACUCCUGUGGUUGCUGUGACUGUAGGGUGGCACAUAGCCCCCAGUAACAUUAACAAUAUACAGAGCGAUGGCCAUUUCAGCGAGCCACCGGCGACUGCCCAUGGGCGUGCGGACAUUUAGUGAACUUUUCGAGAUUGCCACCACGGGUUCAAGCAGGUCCUGCUGCAAUGUUGGGUCCAGAGCCAGGCUGAAACAGCCAAUCAGGUACCUGUCCUCCUGUGGCAUCCUGAUGACAAAGACUUCCAGAAUGCUUUGCUACCAAGACUGGGAGACGACAACCAUUCCCGCACGCAGAACCUUCAUUAGCUUCACCAACAAGAGGAAAGAGUACUCGGAGCGCAGAAUACUGGGGUACUCCAUGCUGGAGAUGUACAGCGUGGUUUCCAACGUCGACGACUACAAGCUGUUUGUCCCGUGGUGUAAGAAGUCCCAGACGAUAAUGAAGAGGAGUGGGCACGCCAAAGCGCAGCUGGAAGUGGGCUUCCCCCCCAUUGUGGAACGAUACACGUCCAUGAUCACAAACGUGCGCCCCCACCUCGUCAAGGCCGUGUGUACGGACGGGAAGCUCUUCAACCACCUGGAGACGAUAUGGCGCUUCAGUCCUGGGCUCCCGGGGUACCCCCGCACCUGCACCGUAGACUUCUCUAUCUCCUUUGAGUUCCGCUCGCUGCUGCACUCCCAGCUGGCCACGGUGUUCUUUGACGAGGUGGUGAAGCAGAUGGUGGCGGCGUUCGAGCGGCGCGCCUGCACGCUGUACGGCCCCGAGACCCGCAUCCCGCGCGAGCUCAUGUUCCACGAGGUGCACCAGACGUGAACGUCCGCGCGUGUGUGUGUGUGCCGCCGUGCGUGUGCGAGUGUGUGUCCCCUCCCCCCUACCCCCCAAAAUGCCAUUUCAGUGUACGGUCAGUUAACGUGUUACCCCCCCCCCGCCUACGGGACACUCAAAACCAGAGACCCUCCUCACACUUUUAUUCGGCCACACAGCUCCAGCUACUGCAUGUCAUGUUCCAAACUGAUGGACCAAUCGCCUGGACCCUCUUCAUCCCCCUGUCUUUACACUGGACCCGUUUUCAGCACCGAUUUCAACAAGCGGCACCUUCUACCUCUUAAACUGGGUCCCCGGUCCACACAUCGCUGUUUUUACACCUGCCACUACGAUCACGAAGUCACUGUGAAUAAUUUCAAAAUCGCCUCGCUUGAUGAAGUGAAUUGUAUCGCCGCCCGCUAAUUAGCGAGAGAUUAGCGAUCAGUUCGAACAGCUGACGGCAGUUCUCCGGAGCUCACAGACUCUGGGCCCCCCGUUGAGGUCUCAUUUUGAAUGUUUGAACUGACAGCUGUGAGCGGUGAAGCCUGAACCUUCAGCGCUGAGGUUCGCUCUGUAAUCUGUGACAUCAUCCCGAUCCACCCAUAUUCCCUUGUCGCAAUCCUGGUGUCCAAUCACGCGUGGCGUGGUUCAGUUGACAGCGUGGCCUCAUCAAUCCUAGUGGAUGGCGUCAACAGCAGACGGUUGUUUGGUCAGUUUUCGUAUCCCUCCCCAGUUCCGUUUCCCCAUUGCGCACAGCCCAUUACGGAGAUACUCUUAUUUCUUAUUUUUAAAACUCCACGCCAUUGCUCUUAGGUCUUGAAUAUCCUCUGAAAUCAAUAGGGACUCAAUAAAUGUAUUAAACAGAAAACUGUUAUUGCUAUUUUCAUAUUCUAGUGCAUUUUGGUUCCGUUUUAUUAAACAGUGAAUUGAAAGCGUUAAGGCUUUCGCUUGAAUGGCGGCAUCGUUUGAAGCCAGUCAGGGUUUGAUAGGUUAUGGUCAAGCAUGUAUUUCUGUGUGUCCCCUCUUUUCUCUGAGGGCUUUCUGUGAGCCACCAUUCAUCUGGGAAAAAUAAUUCUGCACUUUAUUUGUACAAAGGAAAAAUUUUAAGUCUGGCUAAUAAAAUCAUAGUCUUUUAGAAGAGGCUGAUUUGUGUAUUCACAUAUUAUAUAUUCAGUGUUCAGUACACAUCCAAUUCUGAAAUGAAUUCAUUCACUCCUUUUAGAUGGUUUUAAAUACAGCUGGCUCUUCGCCAGUCUUUUUGUUCUGUGGUUGUGCAGAGAGCUUGAAGGUGCUUGAGUUUCCUGUUAGUUUAUUUAUUUCAUGAAAAUGUUCUUUUAUCGUAACCAGGCAUACACUAAUCAGCAAAAAUAAAUACUCUGUGGCAGUUAUGUUUUCCACAAACUGAAAAUCUAACUUAGUCUGGGUACAGUACAAGAGAGUGAUUUUUUCAGUUUGACAUUUUCCAAAUGUUCGAAAAUCAUUAAUUCACCUAUAAAAUCCUUCAAAAUUGAAUUGCUAUUGAGGGACCUUGAGAAGUCUGAAAUUUGCUUUAGAAACACUGUAGGAACCUUGUAGGUUAAGUGCCAGUUCCAGUGAAUUGCUGAAUUUGUACAGGUACCUUCUAGCCUGUGGCUCAUUGAGUUGUGGGUGACACAGGUGUAUGCCCUGACUGAUUGGGCUGUGGGUGACACAGACGUUUGUCCUCACUGGUUGGGUUGUGGGUGACACAGACGUUUGUCCUCACUGGUUGGGUUGUGGGUGACACAGACGUUUGUCCUCACUGGUUGGGUUGUGGGUGACACAGAUGUUUGUCCUCACUGGUUGGGUUGUGGGUGACACGGGCGUUUGUCCUCACUGGUUGGGUUGUGGGUGACACAGAUGUUUGUCCUCAUUGGUUGGGUUGUGGGUGACACGGGCGUUUGUCCUCACUGGUUGGGUUGUAGUGGAUACAGGUGUCUGCCCUCAUUGGUUGGGUUGUAUGGGACACAGAUGUUUUCCCUCACUGGUUGAGUUGUGGGUGACGCGGGACACAGGUAUUUGCCCUGACUGGUUGAGUUGUGGGUGACGCAGGACACAGGUAUUUGCCCUGACUGGUUGAGUUGUGGGUGACGCGGGACACAGGUAUUUGCCUUGACUGGUUGAGUUGUGGGUGACGCGGGACACAGGUAUUUGCCCUGACUGGUUGAGUUGUGGGUGACGCGGGACACAGGUAUUUGCCCUGACUGGUUGAGUUGUGGGUGACGCAGGACACAGGUAUUUGCCCUGACUGGUUGAGUUGUGGGUGACGCGGGACACAGGUAUUUGCCUUGACUGGUUGAGUUGUGGGUGACGCGGGACACAGGUAUUUCCCCUGACUGGUUGAAGCCAAGUGGGUGUAGAACAGCUGCUGUUAGCCUAGAUAUUUAACAUUCCAGAGUAGUUUGAAAUAGAUCUGGUCUGUGUGGUACUUUUUUUUCUUUCUAAUUGGGAUGGACGCCUAGUUUUGUGUCAUUUCAUUUCAGCCAGCCUAAGCUCCAAGCAGCCGCUCUGCUAACCUUCUGCCACAACCGUUCCAGCUCACAUUCUUUCUCUAUCAAACCUCACAAGUUUCCACCAUUACUGCAAGGGUAGCAGGUGGUGUUCGUAAGAAACAUUUGUGGAAAAACUGUGACUGGUGGAACUUGGCCCUGAAUUCACAGGGCCCAUAAAGCCUUUAUAACGUCUCUGAGCUUUCUUCAUUGGUCAUGCACAAGCACCCAAGGACAGAAAUGGGUGUGACGCUUACAUCUCCCUUGACUUUGGUUACUGAAUAGACACUAAAAUCCACUUUUAAAAGCUAUUUAAAUAGUUAGAAUCUCAGAAUUGCUACUCUUCGGCCUGUGGCUGUUGUGACUGCUGUAACCCUCAGCCUGUCAACAGCACUGAGUUUUCACUUUUAAUGAGUGGGUUGUGUGUGUGUGUUUUUACCUGAAAGCUGAUGUCUUUUGAUGUCUUCUGGUGUCUUCCUGUUUCCAGGCAGCUCAGCAGACAUUCUGCACACGCACACCUUGCACAAGCCUCACUGCACCAAUAAAAUCACGGAAAAGGAAGCACACUACAGCCGUUAGGCCUGCAGGCACUCUCGCAGCAGAGCAGCUUAGCGCUCGUUUCUGUCAGGUCGAUAUUUCAGAAGCCCCAUGGAAAGGCCCUGAUCACAGUCAUUCACACAUUUGGUCAGUGAUUUUCAGGGCCUAAUGUGUGAUUUAUUAUCCCAGAAGGAGGCCAAUUGGGCUGAGGCGUGGGGGAGAAAAGACGUCGAUUUGUCACCCAGGAAUAAAAUGGCGAUAUCUAAUCAGAUAAUCUCUUUCGAACAAAUGAUCAGUCGGCGUUACAAAAGGCUUUGUGAUCACCGUCGCUGUCUCUUUCCAAACGGCAGGUAUUUGUCUGAAUGUGCUGACGAUGAUCUUCCAGCUGUCUAAUUUAGUCUCGGUUUCUGCAAGAGCGCGAGAGCUCGGAUAUCUGGCACUGGGGAAACGCGGGGCUGCAUCACAGUGCCGAUUCAGCCUGACCUGAUGUUUCUUUAAUCAGGCCUGGGGCCUUGUGAUUGGUGGAUCCCAACACAUAGAUUUGUCGCUUGCAGUGACAGGCUAAAGAAUCAUCAUGUUGCUCUUGAUCCUCUGUCAAGCAUUAUUUAAUGAAUGUUCCGGAUAAAAAGAACUGGGUAGAACAGUCUAUGAAGGUCCUCCUUAUGACCUGCACAAAGCCUUCCUGAGUACCGCAUGAUCUCUCAAAAGGGUGCAGAGUGUCAACAUGUAUGUCAUAAAUUAUGUUCCGUUAAAGUGACAUGGUUUAUGAUUUGGUUGGUAAUGUGAGAGAUGUUACGAUAACGUUGUCUGAUGACAUAUGGGCUUAUAACCGCUGCUGUAGUGCUCAUUACGGUCUAACGUAGGCCUAAUGAAGGCCACAUGCAGUUCUUAUGUAUGACCCUUUGUAGGAAAUUAGGUGAAUUUCUCACAGAACUGGAACAGUUUGCAAAAACCAUAUUUUAGCCUGAAUUGAUGCAAUCAGAGAGGAGGAUCUUAAUGAGCAUAAUGGAUGUAGUUACUGCACCCAGUCAAAGUCUGAACCAUUGAAAAGACUUUAGAAAAGGCUUUUGGGCUGAAAUGAGUGGCUGUUCCAGUGGAUGUGGAUGGGCCCCACGGUCUGGUAUUGAAUCUGGACUGUGCCGGUGCUGAUUGUGGCCAUGCAGUCUAGCCCAGAGAGGGAGGGAGUCAGUCGGUCAUGAUGACCGUAUCUCAUCACUGGACCCCAGCUGGUUCGCCAUUCCCCUGGUCUGCCUGCUCAAGCUGCACAUGAAGCGUCUUCCUCCUUUUCAUAUUCUGCAGAAGCUUAGCUUGUGGACUUCCCGCUUGUCUGAUGGCGGGGGCUGGCUGGUGAAUACUAUUGGCCAAUCUGAACUAGGAGAUGAAGGGGGAAAGAAAGUGAAAGAAAAACAAUAUAGCUCCACAUAUUUUGCGGUUCAUGAAACCUCACGAAUCAUUAGUCCAAGAAACUGAGAAUUUAUGAAGGCUGAAAAAGGCUGAAUUUUUGUAGGAUCAAGGCACUCCAGUCACAUUGUUUUCCAAUUCACUAAUCCUCAGAUUGACCAGUUAAACAACAACAAAAAAAAUGUUUUCCUUUUCCAAACAUCUUUGUUCCAAAUCGCAACUGUGAAAGUAUCAGUUGAAGUUUUAAAACUUAACUCGACAGAUCCAUUUCGACUGACCUUGCCUUCACCUGUCCAAGUUCAGCAGUGUCCCAUGUGAUAUCACGCCUCGUACGUUAUAUAAUCAUCCUGACUGCUGUUCCUGUAAAUACCCAUAUCCACACUUCAUUCAGACAGCGUCACAAGGAGGAGGCGGGGGGGGGGGUUUGAUGAGUGGUACAUUUCCAGCAGUCGGGCUCGCUGACAGGCGUACGCUCGGGCCCGUCCGAAUCCGCUUCGCCUGGAGCGUUUUCACCCGCCUUGCACUCCACCUGCUGUGGUCAGGGGGAAUAAGUGAGGAAAUGUCCCUCUGCUCCCUUUUAUAACCUGUCAUUGUUAUAUUUGUUUAUUAAAUUCAGGAUGUAGGGUGGUCGCGAAGUGUCCUUUUUUCCUGUAUACUGUAUAUAUGCUGCUCUUAUUUAUUUUUCCAGUGCUGGUGAGGACCCGUCAGAAUGUAUGUCAGUUAAAAAAACAGUUGUUUCGUAAUGAAAGGGAUCUCCACAUUAUAUAUAAGUGGACAUUUGGGGCUAGGUGUGAUGAAUUUCAGCAAAAAUGAACAUUUUUAGCAGCACAGAUUAUUGUGGAGAUUGGAGUGGGGGAGAAUCCCUGCAGUUUGCAGUUUUGUGGUUGAAUGUCCAUCCAUCUAGAAAUUGAACCGAGCUGGUGAUGGGUGGGUGUAACGACACUUGAAACUCUACGGUGCUUUAUAUUAUAUUAAUAUUGUGAAGAAUGAUGACUUUAGCAUGGUUUAAUUUUGAUGACUUCACUGAAUUUUCAUGUCAGACAGCACUGCUGGCAAUUAGAACUUUUUAGUUUUUACUUUCAUUGAGUACCUGGAAAAAUAAUCUCAUAGUAUCAUAUAUUAUAUCAUAUAAUGUACUGUAGUAUACUGUAAUUUUCUGAUUUGAGAGGGGGCUGCCCAUAGUGGCAAUACUAUCACCAAGCAUUUAAAAUAUUUUUUAGAAUACGAUAUACUGUUCAGUGUUUUUUGUGUAUUUAUGCCAGGGAGAAUCAGGUAUUAGAGUCUUCGUUUCUAUGAGGAGGUUCACUCCUGAUUGGCUCCUUUUGGAGUGAUAUAAUUGGGUCUUCAGGCCCAGUGUAUAGUCAGGGUGUGCCUGGUUCUGCUGGUCCUGGAGCUUUGAAGGUGCAUUUCAGUGUCCCAUUUGGCUUUGAUCAUUUAUCUCACAUAAGAAUGUGUAGAUACUCACAAAAAUUAAACUGGGUUUAGAGCUUGUUCAAUUAUUUAUAUUUUUUCACAUAUUCAUUGCAAUAUUUUUGUCAAGGCUGAAACAGGGACAUGUUUUGCGUUUUCAUUCUAUAACUUGACAAAAAACAAAGCUGACACAAAGCAGCUGUGGAACAAUACACAUAAUUGUGCUUCCUUUGGUUUUAAACUGUAAAUAUUUUUUAAAAAUGACUUUCCUGGGGAAUGUCAGCUGUCAGGAGCAGGUGUGUGUGCAUGUGUGUGUGUGCGCUAGUCUUGAUCACUGUUCAUCUCCGGUAAUAAACUGACUCCAACUUUUAAAUGAGCUGGCCUUAGGACUGUAUUCAUUGUAACCCCAAUUCCCUCUGCUGUCAUCAUUGCAUAGCAGAAUGCAUUAAGUGUUAUUAAUGCAAACGCAGAACAGAUUACAGAACACCAAGGUAAAAGGAGGAGGAGCAAACUACUUAAAGGAACACUGCUUAAUUUCCCCCAUGCUGUGUUGGGGACAAUGCAGAGAUUGAACGGUACCCUGAUAGAACAUACAGUGCACGGUGGUCUGGGCUUGGGUGUUUCGACUGCUCUUGAACCAGACUUGAUUUGCGUUGGUGUGAGCAAGUCCUUACUGUACCUGGUCAUUUUAAUGGACUGAUUGCGUCUCACUUCACUUCCUGAAAUUCCCAACCUGGGUUUUCAAACAGGAAACUGCUUCUGUAAAAGCGUCACAUGGCCCAUUUCCUCCUUCGCCCUGCUUAAAUCUUCAGUGCCAACCGAUUGUUGGCCAUGCUUUGACCCUCAAGUCAUGUGCUCAAGUUGUCUCACACGAUACUGGAAGCCUAUUUCACAUACAUACAUAUAAUUUCCCGUGUUCAAUGCCACCUUAGCCCAUCCAUGUAUAUUAUUUAAUUUGUUUGAAGAGGUUGUAAACUACUAUAUGAAAUAUUUAAAAUAAAAAAUUGAAGCUG